UAAUUCAUACCUUUAACCUCAACGAGAUAAAAGAACCGAAUCAUCUCUUAACUCAGUGUAGCAAACGACUCGUUGAAAGAGGAACGUUCAAAAUGUUGUUCCUUCUACUCUUUUUACCGUGCACUGAGGCAGUGCUACGCGUAAUCGUAGCUGACACACCAGUGAGAAGAAUCGGCAGCAAGUUAUACAAAGAAGAAUUGUUGACGGACGAAUAUAAGGACGCUAAGGAACUAGCAUACGACUCAGCAAGUCGAAACCUCUAUUUUAUGUACAUGGAUGAUAGUAUUCAGAAUUCGGGGCGUGCAUACGUGAAUGUCAUCACGAAGAAAUCAUCGAAAAUAUACGGAAUAGAGAAGAAUAAAGCGACAGCGGUCGAUCACGAGUCAGGAGACGUAUAUUUCGGCUCAGAAAAUGGCUUAUACAAGUACGAUCCUAUAGAAAAUCUAGCUAGCAACAUAGGACUAUUCAAUAUCAACAUAUUUAAAAUCAUAAUUAGAAGUAAUGCUAUGUAUUACAUAGACGCAGACAAUCAUACGAUAUACAAAGUGCUAAACAACGGAAAGGGAACAGUGAAAGUUGCAAAUGUUGAUUCAGUUAUGGAAUUCGAGGUGGAUUUCGAAAAUCGAAUACACUUCGUGACUAUGGACGGUGUAUUUUGUUUGAAAAACGGUGAAAUCAUCAAAAAUAAUGACAUUAAUAUUGUGUACCAUUACAUCAGUGAUGAGUUAAAGACUUUUGGUGUGUCCGACGACGGCUUAUACGAGGUAUAUUGCAAUGGAACUGCGAAAAGGGUAGCCGAUUUAGAUUUUUUCCCGAAAAGUAUAAUUUUCGGCGACUACGGCGACAUUUUUUAUUCGAGCGACAACAAAAUAUAUCGACUGAAACCUAUACACAAGUAUACUGUGUAUAAUAUACACAGAAAUACUUUAUAAUAGUACUAUUUAUUAAAUUAUUUAUUUGCAUAGUU